CGAGAAAAAGAAACUGAAAGAAUAAAUGAGAAAACACAGCAAAGAUCGUCGGUAGAAGGUCACUUUCACUAUGUCUUCUGACGAGGAUUUCUCUCUGGUGACGGACCCGUCUAAGGAAACUUUAGAGGGAAUCAAGGCUUUACUCUUCAACCAGAAGAAAAUAUAUGAACAGCACCUCGAGGAGCACAAGGAGCUGGCAGCCAGCCGAGAUGACCGGCGCGAGAUGACGGAGAAGUUCAAGCAGCGUACAGUGAAACUGAGGGACCAGAUCAAAAAGGACAAGCUGUCCUACAGCGAACGCAUUGAGAAUGAAAAAGCGAGGGUGAAGCUGCUCAAUCAGGAGGAGAACGAGCUGCUGGAGAAGAUCGAGAGAGUCAAGGCGGCUCUGAAGGACGAAAAGGCUGAAAACCUCCACCUGAAACAGCAGGCCGACGUGUUCAUGGCCGUGCCGGAGAAGAAGGUCGUCUUUAAAGGAAAGACAGAGAAAGCGUCCGACUCACAACCGUUUGAGAUGGACGCACGCAUAGUUUAUCCCAUGGACGGAGGAACGGCGCUGAUUACGUUUGAGGAGGAAGUCGUGGCCAAGAAGGUCCUGAACAUGAAGAAGCAUCAGGUGGCUCUGGAAGGAGGCUGCAGCAUCAGUGUGGAGGCCAGACCGAUUCAGCUGAUGCUGCCAACGCUGGUGGAGAUCGACUCUGAAGUUUGUCCUCAGCGCAUUUUAAUCUCCAACCUCCCCAAGAUGGACACCGAGCCUCUGCUGAACAAGCUGGAGAUCCACUUCUCCAAGACGAAAAACGGAGGCGGAGAGGUGGACGAAUGUGAAAUGCUGGCUGACUCUGGGACUGUGGUCCUCACGUUCGUGGACAAACACAUCGCCAAAGGUUUGACGGAUACGGAGCACCACGAUGUGAAGCUGCAACAGAAGAAGCACAGAGUGAGAGUGACGCCUUUCCUGAACGGAAAGAUUAAAAACUUUAAGACCAAGAUGUCGGUUUGUCCUCGCACGGUGCUGCUGACGGGAAUCCCUGCCGUCAUGGAGCAGGACACCCUGCAGGAUCUGCUGGAAAUCCACUUCCAGAAAAGCGGCAACAGCGGCGGAGAGAUCGAAGCCAUCCUCUACAACCCGGUGGGUGAGCAGGUCUCGGCUCUGUUCCAGGGCGUCUCCCCAAGCAGAGAGGAGGACGGGCAGUAGAUUCAUCACCAAGGCUGAUUUAGAUCAUCUGCCAAAGUGAAGACAGGAUCCACUCUGCUGUAAAUCUGAUCUAGACAUAUAUUCUUUUCACACCUUUGAAGGAACUCAAUAAUCUAACACAAAGUCAUAAAGCUCUUUCUUCUUUUAGGUUAUUUUUUGGCACUGAUAAAACUGCUGCUCAUUAUUAGACGGACAAAGCGUCACCUGAGUGUUUCUGUCUAAUUAUUUAAAACCAUAAAUGAAUGGCAACAACAAUGAUGCAAUAACUCCAUCAUCAAAUCAACAACUGAUGUGUGCGUUUACAUUGUGAAACCGGUUUCCUCUUGUGUCACAUUAAAUAACUGACCUGCAACAUGAUAUGACUGUUUUAGCUCUGUGCCAUCAAAUGAAUUGACUCCACAUGAAUAAAGGUUUUUAUUUGUUGAAA